UUAAUAUUGAUACCAUUGGAUGUGGUACCAUUAAUAUUAAUGCCAUUGGAGGUGGUACCAUUAAUAUUGAUACCAUUGGAGGUGGUACCAUUAAUAUUGAUAACACUGGAGGUGGUACCAUUAAUAUUGAUACCAUUGGAGGUGGUACCAUUAAUAUUGAUACCAUUGGAGGUGGUACCAUUAAUAUUGAUACCUUUGGAGGUGGUACCACUAAUAUUGAUGCAAUUGGAGGUGGUACCAUUAAUACUGAUACCAUUGGAGGUGGUACCAUUAAUACUGAUAACAUUGGAGGUGGUACCAUUAAUAUUGAUACCAUUGGAGGUGGUACCAUUAAUACUGAUACCAUUGGAGGUGGUGCCAUUAAUACUGAUACCAUUGGAGGUGGUACCAUUAAUACUGAUAACAUUGGAGGUGAUACAAUUAAUAUUUAUACCAUUGGAGGUGGUACCAUUAAUAUUGAUACCAAUGGAGGUGGUACCAUUAAGACUGAUCCCACUGGAAGUGGUACCAUUAAUUCUGAUACCAUUGCAGGUGGUACCAUUAAUAAUGAUUCCAUUGGAGGUGGUACCAUUAUUACUGAUACCACUGGAGGUGGUACCAUUAAUAUUGAUACCAUUGGAGGUGGUACCAUUAAUACUGAUACCACUGGAGAUGGUUCCAUUUAUAUUUAUACCAUUGAGGUGGUACCAUUAA